UCAAAAUGGCGGCCUCCUUUCAAGCUCAAAAGCAUAAAUCCGGUCACGGACAGUCUCAAGAAGAAUGGACAGUUCGCGAAAAACUUGCCUUGGCAUCUUCAGUUCAAAGAAGUGGGGAUCAAAACUGGGUAUCUGUCAGCAGGGCCAUUAAACCAAUUAAUGAGACAGGAUGCCUUGGAAAGGUUCGCCCUCCAGACUUUUUUUCACAAAAGAACUGUGCAAUUCUUUACUCUCAAAUGCUGGAAAAGGUCAAUACACCAAAGAGGAAAAGGACAAAUGAUACUGGAGCAGGAGAAACACCUGGUGAACAGAUUAUUAGAAAAUUGACUUUUGAAAGAAUAGAGGAACUGAAGAAAAGCAUCAAAAAUGAUCAAAUGACUUACAGGAAAUUGAAAAUGCGUAUUGAAGAUAUAAGAAAUGGUAAAGUUGAUUCACAGCUUCCUGCAGUUUGGGAAGAAAUCCAAGCGAGAAAGAGGCGAUUUGAAGAGYUGCAGCAAAUGCAGCAGUCAGGAUCAUUACCAACAUCAGGGGGGGAUGGUUCUGCAAUUCCCUUUCCCAGCCCCACUGGGGUAAAUUUUCCAGUUUCUGCUGGUGCUAUGCUUGGUUUGAAGCAAGGUACACAAGCAACUCCUUCACCUCACAAAGGAAAACAGCUCAGAAUACCUAAGCCAACACCAAGGUUUCAGAAGUAUCAACAGCAGCUUCAACAGCGACAUGGMCAAGGUGGACAACACGGUCAACCUACAGGCAGCCCUGGUGAUGUAGGAAUGCCGGGAGACUCYCCUAGAAGUUCAACAGAUGCUCCCCGCUUAUCAUUAGAUGCUGAACCUUUAAAGACUGAGCCGAUGGAUAUAGACCCAGGUACAGCUGUUCAGACGGUCACUAUAGAUGUCCCUGCUGCCACUGCACCUGAGGUGUUUGUUCCUGAGGUAACUGUUCCUAAAACAGAGCCAAGUGUAACUAGUCCUGCUUCUACUGCAAGGAGACCAUCUUCUGGGAAUGUAAUACCACAGGCAGAUUCAUUAAAGACACUUCUGACACAACCUGUAAAGGAACAGCAUACUGCAGCACAGCUGGACUUAGCAAAAAAAGGCAUUGAUACACAAUCAUUAUCAAGUGGGGCAUCACAAGACAGCCAUACCACCCCACCAGCACCUUCCAUCCAACCUUCAACCAAAAUAAGUGACGUGAAGCCUUUUUUAGGGCAUAGGUCGACUCCAGAGACCCAUAAACUGGAUUCGAUUCGUGAGAGAGUGUCUUCUAUUCCUGGUUCAGCAUGUGUCACAGCACCAACUUUAUCAAAACUCCUCUCGACAUCAACAGCAUCACCUAAUUCUACUAUUGUUGUAAAUUCAGCUUCAUCCAACUCUUUUAUUGAUAAGUCCAUUCCAAACAGAACAAUUGAAAAUACYGUCUCUCCUGGUCUGCCUGGACAGGGCAGAGGAGCUAUUUCUGUWGGUAAGUGACAACUCUUGACAACUGUUGAAGUAGAUGCUUUUCAAAUAUAAGAGAACAAGUUAGGAGUGUUGUGAGGAGUGUUGUGUGCUAAAAUACUUAAUGUAGAGGUAGUGAGUGUGAGAGUACAGGCCCCCAUUUAAACCAGCCUACGCUGAAUUGGGUGGCCUGGUAAAAUA